AUGUCUCUCGUUGCAAUGAGAGAACGGCGGGCCAAUGCAGGCUCCCGAAUGAGGGAGUUAAUUGAACGGGAAAUGGAGCUCGAAGAAAUGUUCCAAGAGGUUGCUGAUGAUAGAGAUUUUACGGAAGAAAAUAAAGAAGAAGAAGUGGAUGAUUCUGAUAUCGAACAAAGUAGUAGUGAAUCAGAAGAGUCAAAUGAGGAUACUGUCGAAAAAGACAUAUUACUUGAAGAAAAACAGACGAGAAAAAAAGCUAGAAAAUCUCAAUUGCCUCCGGCUUUAAAAAAACGUGAAGUAAAUAAAUCAAAAGUAUCUUCAAAAGAACGUGCUCAGAAUAAUCAGAGUGAACCCAUGAGAUAUAAUUCUGAUAAGAAAAAGAAGGUUACUUUACAAACGCCACUUUUGCUUGGGAUUCGGUCAUCAUCACGUACUCACACUGUUCAGAGUAAACAAAUGUUAGCAGAAAAAUUAAAGCAGUACGAAGAGAAAAGGGUGGUAGUUCGACCAAAAACUCAAGAAGAGUUACUUAUGCAAGCUAAAGAAACAGAGGAAAAAAAUUUGGCAUCUCUUCGUGCUUUUGAAUUAAGAGAAGCUGAAAAGAAAGUAGCAGCAAAGCAAUAUAAAAAAGUAUUUAUAACUGGACCUUGUAUUCGGAAAAUCUCUUAUGUUGAUGAUGGUAGUGGGGAGGCAAACAAAAGAUUAAAAUUAAUAACAGAAGUGCCGAAAAAAGGUAAUAAAGAAGGGAAAGGAAAGGGUAUUUUAAAGGAACCUAAAAAUGUAACUAGUAGUGAAUCUUCUGUUGAAAAUAAAAAUGACAAAUUAGAAGAUAUAUUAGAAGAUAUAAUAGAAGUAGAUGAUAUUGUAGAAGAUAAAGUGGAAGAUAGUGUAGAAGAUAAAGUAAAAGAUAAUAUAGAGGAUAGUGUAAAAGAUAAAAUAAAAGAUAAUGUGGAUGAUAAAGAUAAGGAUGAUCAAGUGGAAGAUAAAGGAGAGGAGAAUAAAGUUGAAGAUAAAAGAGAAGCAAGAAAUUUAGUUAUAUUUUCACAGUUUUCAAGAGUUGAAGAAAAUAAAUUAUUUCAAGAGUGGAGAAAGAAACCCCAAAAAGCAAAAAAGGUGAUAUGUCCAUUUACAGGUUUAAUAGCAAAAUAUAAAGAUCCUAAAACUGGCAUACCAUAUGCUAAUGUAGAAGCAUAUUCUAGAAUAAGAAAUUUAUUAUUAAAACAUAAAUAUGUGUGGUCACAUACUUAUUCUGCAUAUAUAAAUAAUACAGAUCAAUCACCAGCUAAAGGAAUUUCUUCAGGAUUCCAAUAA